AAGCCGAACGAGGCGGUCGUGCAACGGACGGUACGGUUGGAAUUUAUUGAGAGUUUUUGAACGCUUGCUGAAACGAAACGAAUUCGAUGCAAUUGUAAAUGCCGGUCGCCCAGACGCUGCCCCGUGUAAAUGUAAACCGGUUAUUCUGCCACUCGUUCGCGACGCCUUUGUUGUUCUUGUUGUUGUUGUUAUUUUUUUUUUACCAACAUACCACAUUAUUUUAUUUAUUAACGCAUUUUGGGACCGUCGUGAGUGUGUGCGUGUGUGGUUGUGUGUGUCUGUGUGUGUGCGUUGACUCCCACGCUAAGCGGCAGGCACAACUACGCACCUCUCAGGAUCCGGGGGGAGUUCGGAAGAUCGGGACGGUACGCGUUCGCCUAACAACAAAUUGCAAACAUCCAUUUUUUUUUCUGGUGUGUGUUCCAAAAAUGAAAUUCUAAGUGCUAUACAAAAAUUCAUCAAAUAAUAAGGUGCAACAAAUCAAAAGUCCAAGCAAAAAAGUAAGAAAAGAAGUAGAAAAAAAAUUGAAGAAAGAAUCAAUGCAAAUACAACAUAUGCAAAAUCUGUGAAUAACACGAAAGAAAGAAAGAAAAAAAAACACAAACAGAAGCUGUAAAUAACAAAACUAAAAAAAGAAGCUGAGAAGCUGAGAAGAAGAACAACAACAAGCGUCGAAAAAGGAAACAACACGCGCAGGCAAAGCUCAAAUUCGUGUUAAUUAAUUGGCUUUGAGGACGCUUUGAAGAGCAAAAGCAUUUCCAUAUUUAUAAACACCCAAGCCGGGCGCACUUUGAACUGAAAAUUUGGAAACUCAGCUUUUCUCCACUUGCUGAUGAUGCGCUUUGGCAGCGCUUGAGAAACGUCAACGUCAUUAGGGAAGCCGACUGCGAUUGCGAUAGCGAUAACGAUAACGAUACCACCGCGAUACUAGCCAGAGCAGCCGACAGCAGCAAGAUGUAUCCAGGCAGCGCUAGCAGCACCACCACCGCCGCCGCCGCCGCCGCGUCCAAGUUCCAGAAUCGCUGCGCAUCGCCACAAUUUGCCAGCUUUGCGCCACCACCGCCGGCAGAUUAUCCGCCGCCAACAUUGCAGCAGCAGCCACAUCAGCAACAGCAGCCACAUCAGCAACAGUUGCAGGCACAGACCACUGCGGUGGCGGUGCACAGCGCACCCGGACAUGGCUCCAUGCGGCACAUUCAGCGCAAUCAGCUUACUAUGAGUGGACACGGACUCGGACACGGACAUGGCAUGGGCCACGGCCAUGGACACGGACACGGCCACGGCCUUGGCAUGGGCAUGGGCAUGGGCAUGUCCGGCAUUGGACAUGGCGCCGCCACGAUGGGCCAUCAUCAUGGACAUCGCGGCGAUCUAAUCUUUCCGGACGACAUGGACAGCAUUGAGUUCUGCAUGCCGGCACCGCCCUCGUCCUCCUCAUCGUCCUCGCAGCAAAACGGGGAGCUAAUGCUGCUCCAAGGCGGCCACGGCGAGCCCUUCACGGAGCGACGACGACGCGGCCACAGUCGCCGCAGCAACCACAAAAUGGAUGUGGAGCAGCAGGUGAAAUGGUCACGCAAGAACAUCGCCGCCACAAUGGAGCGCUUCGAGCCCACCGCCAACACUCAGUCCUCGUCGUCCACUUCGUCGUUGGACUAUGGCUUCGCCGCGGGCGUUAUGACGCCCAGCAGCAGCAGUGCCACGCCCUCGCACGGCGCUGGCUCAGCAGCUGGGCUGUCCUCGACGCCCUCGCUGCAUGUGGCCUACAAUGGAGCCGGCUCGGGAGGACUCGGUGCUGUUGGUGCUGUGGGAGCUGUGGGUGCUGUGGGUGCUGUGGGUGCUGGUGUGGGCAUGGGCGCCGGUGGAGCAGCUGCAGCUGCUGCCGCCGCACCGUUCAAUCAUGUCUACUCCUACGCAUACUAUGAGCCCGGCGCGGCCAAAUGCCAUACGAAUGUGCCCGCUCAGGGUCAGGGCAACGGGCAUCAUGGACCGUCGAAGAGCCCGCCGCGCAACUCGAUACGCGCGCUGUUGGCCAAGAGCUUCCGCUCGAAGUCGUCGUCGCACAGCGGCCAGUCGACAUCGUCCUCGCCCAGCGCCGAGGAGCGGGACAGGCACACGUACACCACACGCUACGGCACCACCGAGAAUCUGUACGAGGAGGUGAGCGAUCAGAAGAUUCGCAAGGUGCUCUCCGACAACCGCAUCGCCACGUCCAGUGCGGGCAACGUCAAGGAGGAGCUGCGUCGCGUCCAGCACAAUCAUUUCCGUGUGCUCGACGAGCUCAAUCUGUCCCUGGAGGCGCUCAUUAUGCCGCCCACGCCACCGGACAUCAGUCCCAGCCAUGGCGGACCGGCCAGCGCCAGCUCCAAUGAUGUGCAGCACGACUCGCUGCCCGCCCCCAGCAACAGCUGCAGCAGUGGCAGCGGCAGCGGCAGCGGCAGUGGCAGUGGCAGUGGCAGUGGCAGUGGCAGCGGCAGUGCCAGUGCCAGUACCAGCGGUGCCGCCGGCAACAUAUCCUCCGCCCAAGCCAAGAACGUGCUGACCACAAGCCAGCGACCGCGUCGCGGUGGCUUGCUCGGAGGUGCCGCCGCCAGUGCUGCGUCCAACUCGAGCUCAGCCUCGCACGCCAGCCUCGAGAAUCUGUCGAGCACCUUGAACAGCAUGGAGCUGAAGGAUCAUGCCCAUAGCAGCUGCAUCAAUCCGGAGUUCGAUGAGGGUGACCUGGACAGCGGCUUCAGCGGCAGCGGCAGCAGCAGCGGUGCCAGCUACAAUGAGAGCUUGCGCUAUUAUAAGACGGCCACGCCCACUAGCCAUAGUCACAGCCACAGCCACAGUCAUAGCCACAGUCAUGGGCACUCCGCACACAAUCCCAAUCUGAUGCCCCACAACAACAACAACAACAGCAACAGCAGCAGCAACAACAACAACAAUAACCAUAUACACACCACCACAUUGCCGCACAAUCUGCGCAGCUGUCGCUCCUCGACAGCCUCCGGCACCUCGACAUCCAAGAGCAGCAUGGCCAGCUGUGGCGAGGAUCAGGGCAUUGCCGGCAUGGGCAUGCCAAUGGCCAUGGGCAUGAGUGGCAUGGGCAUGGGCAUGGCCGUGGGCAUGAACUCUGGCAUGGGCGUGGGCAUUAACGCCGCCGCCAUGGGCAUGGCUGGCAUGGGUGGCAUGGGCGGCAUGGGCGGCAUGGGCAUAUCGGAGACGGCUGGCGGCAGCUCAAUGUCGCCCUUCAAUUAUCCACGCCGCUGCUCGGCGGAUCAGCAGCGUGCCUCCGGGCGUUCGAUUGCCUCGGCAACUGGUUCCGCAACGGGCCCCUCCAUCACAAUGGCCACCGGCGCGAAACCCAAAAAGAACUUCUGGACCAUGAAACCGUGAUGCUACAAAAAGGCCCUGCGUCACAUAUGCAAGAAAUGGAGCAUUGUUAUGGAAUACAAUACAAAGACUGCCUCAUGCCACGCCAUCCACUACUACCAACCACAUUCGCAUACGCAUUUGCAUGCGCAUCAGCGCUACCAACAGCCGCAGAAGCACAACAGCAACAACAUUUACAGCAACUACAACAACUGC